CGCUCGCCGGUCUUUGCCGCUGACUUGACGCGAGCUCCCUUCAAACACACACACCGUCUCUUGGCGAACAUGGCGGCAACUUGACAACGGCAGCGAGAUGAAGACGGCGAGGGCUUGAAAAAGAAAAAGAGGUCUGUUACAGGCUGUAGGCCCAAACGCCGACACAAAGGCAGACAGCUUCGCCAUGUUGGAAGAGGAUAGCGCCCUUGUCCCUGCACGACCGAGGCCGGGGGAAACGUAAACGCGUCGGUGAGUGUUUCUGCAAACGGGAGUCGAGGCUACGCAGAGGAGCGGAGCACGGCCUAUAAGCCCUGGCUGUGCGCUCAGUAUUUCCCCACCACCCAGCAGUCCUGUCAGAAGAGGGUACCGUGCCACCAGUACUGCCUGGAGGUCCAGCAAAGCUGUCCGUUCAUCCUGCCCGAUAACGAUGACCUGAUCCACGGCGGCAGCCCCAGCUUCAUCUGCACAGGGCUCUUGGCGGAUCAUCUAUCAGACAGUGAGGCGGAGUGCUGCGACGUCCGAUGGGACUCCAAAAUGGACAGCCCUUCAGGCGGGACACUAAAAAGGACUGCUUCUUCCUGCCAGCCCGAGGGGGCCUCGGUCACCUCCGCUGCCACCCCGAGACUGUGCAGCGGGCGACUGAAGAUCUGCCUGCUGGCCCUCGUCCUCCUACACACUGUCAUCAUCAUUUCAGCCUCCCAUAAUUCUACGUUGGUGGGCGUGGCUGCCAUUUUCUCGCCAGAGGAGAGUGCUUCUAAUGAGGAGUGAACCUUGGGGUUGAAUCUGGUGCUUGUAAAGAGUGAUGUCGCCCGAGAGGAUUACGGCUUUUACAAUGUCAUGGCUGCCAGGGACACAUCUGGCGAGACGUGCUGGAAAUGCCUCUACAAUCUUCCGCAGAUGAACCAUCAACCACAGGAAGUGGGAGGGUUUUAACUGGAGCUAAGGGUGCUGGGAUUGGACAUUGACCGAACCGAGAUGUUUGAGAACCACCCCCAUAAAGAACUGACCUCUUGCCACUUGAAACCUGCUCAUUGUUUCUAUUCCAUCCAAAUGUUUUCUAGCAUAUUGUCCCUCCUCUCCUCUCCUCUCCUCUCCUCUCCUGUCCUCUCCUCUCCCUACCUUCCCUCCCUCCCCCAUCACUCCCUUCCCGUCCCGACGUUUUUCCGGAGUGUGUAUGGAUGGCACGUCAGAGGAUAACAACGGACAUUGGUGAAGUGUGCGCUCUCUCGCUCAUCGUUACCUUUAGAUUUUUUGCUGCAUUUUUUUCAGGUGCCAGAAUGUUUUGACAUAUCAACUGUGUUCCACUUCCUGCUCUCCAUCACCUCCGAGGCGUCUUCUCACUCCCUUCGGUGUGAUGUUGCUCGAGGGCCUGCCAGGACCAGCUCAUCCAUCACUCGUGGGUCUUGUUUCUCUGAAAACAAACUGUUUGUGAUUCUUCUAUACUAUAAUGUUCAGCUUGUAUUUUGUCCCACUAGAUGUUUCUUUUUCCCGACCCCUCACGACAGUACAUGCCUAUAUGUUUUAGGACCAUAAGUGCUCUGAGAGUGGCCCACUUUCUCUUCUAACUUGUUGGGCCAUUGAGCAAGUUAGGAGGGAUGAAGUGGCAAAGGUAGUGACGGUUCAGAUUGCGGGGUGUUGCAGGAGUCGAUGCUGAGCUCCUGAACAGGAAGGGGUGUUCUCUGGUUGCUAAAGUGUUCAGUUUACCUCAUACGGUAGUGUCGGUGUUGCAGAUAGGCAGCCCAGUGGCUCGUGUUAGCGCCACAGAGAGUAUUUAGAGUUGUCGUACACGAGACUGCAGGGACAACCCAGGGACACUAGAGAAUAGUCGCAUGAUGCCAAAACACCAAGGACCUCAUUUAUCAACCGCGCAUACGCUCGUUUCUAUGCACAGAAUCCGAUUCAUCAAUUUCUUCUCGUGCUUAAGAAUGUGUGUACUUUUAGAACCCCUCCCCGACCACGUGUACCGACGAAACGCCAGUGGUACACAGGUGUAAUUGUGAAGGAACUAAACUACAAACACGUAAACCAAUCACUGUAACUGUUAGCCCUGAAGGCUGUGCUUUUAAGAUUCUUAUUUUGAAAGAAAUGAAAUCUUUGAGAGUGAAAUUAUGCCGUUCAAGUCAGUAAAACGGAAAUUAGUCAGUCUUUAGCUCAAGUUCAGCUUAGUUACAGGAUUUAAAUCCUUCACCUACGUUGUUACAUCUUUGAAAAUGUAGUUUUUCCAGCUGAAAUCCAAACACGUACACACUCCUGCUAGGCUUUUGCUCUGCUAGCUACCCAUAAGCUACGAUCAUAAGUGUUUGUCACUGCACAUUGGUCAUUAAACAUAUUUUUACGUUAAUAGAGGAAAAUAAACGAAAAGGAAAUGUUUUGACACAUCUUUAGCAUGUAACAAGAGAUAAAUGAUGAACUGACACAGGAUCAGGACUUCCACUCUGUCUUUAAUGCCUCUUUAUCUAACUUUCUCUGUGAUCACUCAUUUUAAAUAGAGCUGUACCUCACAGCACCGCGGCCGACAUUAACUUGUAUUUUUGUUCAUUUCUUCAGAUAAAGUUGUAAUCAUACAGCUUGGUAAUGACUGCUUGUUAAGGUUCGUAUUCAUGAGCCGUGAUCAAAUCUCACACCACUUCCGACGUCUGAAAACAGAAACAGAAACAUCUGUGAAUCAGAACGACUAUAUCAUGAGCUCGGCUGCGUUACAAGUACAGUACAUGUGAUCACAGACAGUGGAGGGAUUGCACCGCACUGAACCUGGUUGCUUUAAAUUAUGGAGCACUUGAGCUGAUGAACAGUGAUUAUCAUCACAGCGCAGAGACAUGCCACUCCACCAGAAACAUCUCCUGUAAAUGCACAGCAGGGAGAGGAGAGUUCAUUUUCUACGACAGUUAUGUUCCUUAAUAUCGGCAGGGAAAAAAAAACAAUCAGUGGUCGUCUCUUCAAGUUGCGAUAGUCGAUGUCAUCGCCGGUUGGCACAAGCCUAGGCACGAUACUCUUGAAAGCAAACACUCCUGAAACUUAGAACUUCUAGCGUAAAAUAAGACCAGCAACAAUGCAGGAACUUAUGUCUUAUGACCUAUGUUUUUUUUUUUUUUUUGUCUCUAACUUUCUCGGUUUAUACCACAAACAGUAACUCUGCAUUGAGGCUACUAGGACGGCCUUUUGUCUGCAUGUAAAUGAGCUUGUAUGUGCACAAGCAGAACCAAUUUUCUCGUCCGUACAGACGCUUCCUACGCACACAUUUAGAACUUGUUCUGUGCUUGGUUUGAUAAAUGAGGCCCCAGAUCUUUGAGUGCCUCUCUGCUGCGUACGCCCAGUGAGGCAGAUACUGGCAAUGGAGCAAUAUAGAAGAGAAAAAAAAACAAAAAAAAGAGAGCCAGUGUUAGUGUCCUACUUUGUGGCAUCUUCACUAUGGUUGGCUCGGCUUUCUCUGAGUUGGUGCGAGCGAACAGCCGGACAGUCAAUCAAUCAAUCAAUCAACCAACCAACCAAUCAAUCAAUCCGUCGACUCUUAAAUACCCUUAGACGAGCUGAUCAACUGCUAUCUUUCACAGACUAGCAAAGGGCUGUGUUAGUGUCAGCGUGCGAGGAGUGUGAGGAGUUUUCCAAGGGCUGAUCCAUCUGAUUUUGUUCAGUUUUUUUUUUUUGAUUUGUUGUUGCAUGGCUGCUGCCAGCGAAGUGCACAUUGACAUGAGGACGGGUCGCGCAGGGAUUAAGAAGAGUUUAACCCCCCCCCUUUUUUUUUUUUUAGCUAGGAAUGCACUGAGACUGGACAGAAACAGAGACUUGUCCCAUCUUACAAUCUGAUACCGUGAGCAACUAGUGAUAUACCAAAUAUUGAAGCUAAGGACGCUAACUCUCCUUCACGAAGGAGGUUUUUGUCCUCCAUCCUGGUUGCCUCUAGUGAUCAGUUAAAGACAGAUUGGAGUUUUAACUUCACCUCCAAAUUGUUCUUGGCUGUGAAAACGUGGUAUCAGUGCACCCCCCCUCCCU